ACAUAUAAAAAUACAAACGCAAACAUUGUUUUUCAUGCGGUCCCUGAGGUCUCAGUGCAAUUUUCAAAUAUGAUGUUCACAUUGUGGUUGAGGCCUCUGAUACAAGCCUCUGUUUUUUUAUGGGCAGUGGCAUCUCAUUCUCCACAAGGAUGUGAUUUUUCUCAGGGAAAAUGGGUCAUUGAUGAAGCCUCCUUCCACCCUCUCUAUGAUGCCUCACGGGACUGCCCCUUCAUUGGAUUUGAUUGCUUAAAAAAUGGCAGGCCUGAUAAGGAGUACCUCAAGUAUAAAUGGAUGCCCUCUGGUUGUGACCUUCCAAGGUUUGAUGGUACGAAGUUCUUGGAGAAAAGCACAGGAAAAAAGAUAAUGUUUGUGGGGGACUCCAUUAGUAACAACAUGUGGCAGUCACUCACUUGUUUGCUCCACAUUGCAGUCCCAAACUCAAAUUACACCUUUACAAGUCAAAUACAGGAACUUUCGGUGUUCUCAAUUCCGGAAUAUAGAACUUCAAUCAUGUGGUUGAAAAAUGGGUUCCUAGUUGAUUUGGUUCAUGACAAAGAAAAAGGAAGGAUUUUGAAAUUGGACAGCAUUAGUUCUGGGGACCAGUGGAAAAAUGUGGAUGUUUUGAUUUUCAACACCUACCAUUGGUGGACUCACACUGGACAGUCUCAAGGGUGGGAUUACUUUCAAGUGGGGAAUGAAUUAAUAAAGAACAUGGAUCACAUGGAAGCUUUCAAGAUUGGGCUGACUACUUGGGCUAAAUGGGUUGAUUCUAACAUUGAUCCUUCAAAGACUAAAGUCUUGUUUCAGGGAAUCGCCGCUUCCCAUGUUGAUAAAAAAGGGUGCCUAAGGCAAAGUCAACCAGAUGAAGGACCAAUGCCACCAUAUCCUGGUGUGUACAUUGUGAAGAGUGUUAUAAGUAACAUGACAAAGCCUGUACAAUUGCUAGACAUCACUUUGCUCACACAACUGAGGAGGGAUGGUCACCCCUCUAUCUACGCAGGGCGUGGCACUUCUUUUGAUGACUGUAGUCAUUGGUGUCUGGCUGGUGUUCCUGAUGCUUGGAAUGAAAUACUGCAUGCUGUUCUGUUUGGAAAUUAGUAUCUUCAUCUCAUUUGUCUUUGAUUAUUUGUUGCCCUUGAGGAAAUAGGGCUCCCAUAAUAAAUUUGGAUAUGAGCUUCUAAUUAAAUUGAAAAUAUAUUGAUUUUCUCAAACCAAUAAAAAAAUGUUGAUGUAUUAAUGUACUUUACAGCCCCUAAAUGCAGAAUGCUAAUAUUGCUUUUAAGUUUUAACUAUAGC